GGUCCUGCGAGUUUACAGCACCCAGACCAAGCGAGUGGCCUUCAAUGUCACCAAGAUGCCAUCGGGCUCGGGAGCUGAAGGAGAGGUGAGGAGCUUUCGGAUGUUCCACGAUGACAGCAUGAAGUCGUUCUUCCGCAGGCUCAGCUUCACCCCUGAUGGCUCCUACCUGCUCACUCCAGCUGGCUGUGUGGAAUCUGGAGAGAACGUUACCAACACAACCUAUGUUUUCUCCAGAAACAAUCUUAAAAGGCCCGUGGGUCACCUGCCCUGUCCUGGCAAGGGCACUCUGGCUGUUCGCUGCUGCCCUGUGUUCUUUGAGCUGAGAGGAGCCUCUGCUGCAGAUGGAAUCAGUCCCAAAUCCCCCCCUGCCCUGUUCAGCCUCCCCUAUCGAUUGGUGUUUGCUGUUGCCUCAGAGGAUUCUGUGCUCUUCUAUGACACUGAGCAGUCCUUCCCCUUUGGUUAUGUCUCCAACAUCCACUACCACACCCUGAGUGACAUUUCAUGGUCCAGUGAUGGAUCCUUCCUGGCCAUUUCCUCCACGGACGGGUACUGCUCCUUCGUCACCUUCGAGGAGGAUGAGCUGGGAGUGCCCCUGAAGGAGAAGCCCCAGAUCCCUGUCAGGACUCCUGCAGGAACAGCAGCAGACAAGAAAGCCAAGAAAAGCCAAUCCCACAAAGUGAUUUCCCCAGGUUCCAGGCUGCCAGAGGGGACCCCUCCCAGCAAGGAUCCCCCAGUGCAACCCCGGACCCCCAGCACUGCUGGGAUGGAGCUGCCUUCAACCCCUGUGGGCAUCAAAGCCACCUCAGUGCCAUCCCCUGUGGGCAUCAGAGCCACCCCAGUGCCAUCCCCUGUGGGCAUCAAAGCCACCCCAGUGCCAUCCCCUGCCACCCCUGUGGGCAUCAAAGCCACCCCAGUGCCAUCCCCUGGCACCCCUGUGGGCAUCAAAGCCAUUCCAGUGCCAUCCCCUUCAACCCCUGUGGGCAUCAAAGCCAUUCCAGUGCCAUCCCCUUCAACCCCUGUGGGCAUCAAAACCACCCCAGUGCCAUCCCCUGGCACCCCUGUGGGCAUCAAAGCCAUUCCAGUGCCAUCCCCAGAGGAGAGGAGGAGCAGCCAGGGCAGCAGAGCCCCCCAGCCCAGGAGGGUUGCCCUCACCACUCUGCAGUCCUGUUUCAAAACACCCAGGAGAAUAAACUUGAUUUCCUUGAAGCCAGACACCCCAACCUCUGCACAUCCAGAGCCAGCCCCCAUCCCCAUCCCUCCUUCCUCAGAGCAGGACCAUGAGAAGCCAUUGCCAUCUGAUGAGAGCCUGCAAGCUCCCCCAGCCCCAAAACGUGCCAGGACUGAGGAUUUGCCCCUUCCUGCUCCUGCUGGAGACCAAACCAGCUGUGAGCCCAACAAAUAAAGGCUGAGCACACCCU